UACACUUAUUUAUUUGACGGGCACCUUCAUCCGAAGUGCCUGUACACAAUCUAAACAUCAAAGCACCUGUUUGAAAACUACUCACUGAAAAUUUCAGCUCGGUUGGACCAGCUAGCAGCUGCCAAAACACGGGCCACGCUGGUAGACCAUCUUUGUUAUCUGCUGCAUUAUUUUCCAGCUUUCUUAUUAUUUCUAGUCUACAAAGUAGUAGAAACAGUCCUUUCUACCAGCGCUUACCAGCUGGCAAACAUGGUCUACCAGCUUGGCCUGUGUUUUUGCAGCUGGAAGCAGGAUUUUUCAGCAAGGUGAGCCAUAGCAGAUGUGAGAAGACCUUGUUGUAGAAGAACAGAAGGAGCAGCACCUAAUCUAAAUUUUAUUAGUAUUCAUUGCACUUAUAAUUGUUUUUGUUCGUUUUUUCAUGUGCUGUCUGUUUUCUGUGCACCAUGCUGUUGAGGACCCGCUUGCUGAUCUGUCUGUGGGAGAGCGGCUCGAGAGAGUGAACAGUAUCAACAGUCGUGGUGUAGAUGAACCCGAGCUGAUUGAAGGAGACAUUGCGGUUUAUGAUGACAACGGGAGAAACGCGGAUCCCUGCACGUCCCGUGAUUGCAUGUGGCCAAAGUCGAGUGAUGGCAAAGUCUAUGUACCCUAUGUCAUCGCCAAUCACUACACCGAUGGCGAGCGGCAGAUUAUCCAGCGAGGCCUGGAAUCUUUCUCCUCCAUCACCUGUAUCCGUUUUACUCCACGCUCCAAUGAGAAGGAUUAUAUCAGCAUUGAGUCUCUCACUGGAUGCUACUCUUAUAUUGGACGCACCGGUAAAGCACAGACGUUGUCCCUGGCUCGUAGCGGCUGCGUCUACCAUGAUACCGUCCAGCAUGAGCUUCUUCAUGCUCUGGGCUUUAAUCACGAGCAGACCCGCAGCGAUCGAGACAGCUACAUCCGUGUUGCCUGGGAGAACAUUAUUGACGGCAAAGAACACAAUUUCAACAAGAAGGCCACUCUGAACCAGGGUACAUCUUACGACUACAACUCCGUCAUGCAAUACCACAAAACUGCUUUCUCUAAGAAUGGCCAGCCCACCAUGAUCCCCAUCCCUGACCCCAAUGUACCCUUCGGAACGGCGAGUGAGAUGAGCCAAGCUGACAUCCUCAGACUCAACAGACUCUACCAGUGCUAAACUGCUGAAUGCUGCAGAUGGGCAAUCAUUCAGGUGGCCUCGGACUGGAUAACUUCAGGAUAAUAAUAAAUGGAAACUAAUAAAACUGGAUGAUAAUAAAUUCA